UCUGGACUUUUCCUCGCGAUGAUGGGGAAGUCUCGGUCAGUUGUUUAUUGCGGUCAUCAUCUUGUUUAUAACUGGACUCAAAUCACAGUCGCGUCAUUUGACCCGCGCUGUUAUUGCCGAGAUGAUGCUUGCCUUUUUCACCCUGUGGUCAUUACUUCACAUCACCAGUCAAAAUCCCACAAACUGGACCCUCAAAGACAACGUUUUAGUUUUGGAGGUGACUGGAGAGGUUGGCCAUCAUCUUCUCAGCUGUAUCCACUCGGAGGAGGAGGUUUUGAGCAGAGAGGACAAGGGCUCUGGGAUCUUCUGGAGAAAAAAUGGAGGAAAACCUCUGUCAACUGGAAAUAUACUCACUAUCACACUACAAGAGUCUUCAGGAGGAGGAAAUUACACCUGCCACAAUGCAGACGGAUCACUCCUCAACUACACAACAGUUCUGAUCCGUGCAGACCAGGGCAAGACCAAGAGGAUCCUCGAACCAGCUCACAUACACUGCUCUGCUCCAAACUAUAACGGCAACUUUCAGUGCUCCUGGAAGUGGCAUCCCAGUCGUAAUGGAAAAGUGGCUUGGAUCAAAGUUUGGCGCAACAGUGAUAACCCACAUGACCCACAUGACUCACGUUGCACUGAAGACUCAGAGGGCAGACAGUGGACUUGUCUCUCCAACCACAGUAUCAUCAGCUGCUCUGUGGACCCUGAUGGAAACAGCAUCUCCUGCACAGACAUACUGCACUGCCCCUAUGCUGAGGAAGUCCAUUUCAUUCGGAUCACUGUCGAUGUGGUUAACGACUUCCUGGUGGAGAACUACUCAAGGAGCUUUUUUUUGUCUGAGAUCGUGAAACCUGGCAAAGUGCAAAUUAGUAAAGUCAACAAAACAGCCAUAGAGUGGACGUAUCCGACAUCAUGGGACAGUCCUAAUUCUUAUUUUCCACUCACUUUUCAAAUCAUACAGCUCAAAAAAGAAAAACCUUGUAACUCUGUAAAAGCUCACAGGAUUAAAACAGUAGACUGCACUGAGAACUGUUGGUGUAAACGUAAAAGCAAGAGAAACACAGUCUGUUUCCGAGCCAAGGAUGCUCUUUCCAACUCACAGUGGAGUGAGUGGAGCCAGGAGAGGAUUUCAUCCAGAAAAAAGCAGAAGAAAAGGGAAAAGAACCAGGAGCAUCAAACAACAUUUUAGUUGGCUGCAUUCUGAAAAAGAUAAAAAAUUUGAAUUUUAACAUAUUACAGUUAGUAACAUAUUACAUUAAUACAUGUUUUAAAUUGCUAAAUGUCAAUGUAACCAUAUGACCAUUUCAUACGGUGCCCUGUCUCAGAAUAGUUUCUUUACGCUGCUGCACCACAUGAGUGUUCUCAUGAGUCAAUGUGCACCAUUGCAAACAUGACAAAUCCAGAACUGAAACCUGGUUGGCUUUUGAGUUAUGACAUUUGAAAGAACCACAUGCAUGUGGUUUUAUUCUUGUCUGGAGUGACCUUAGUUUUCUCUCUUAUCAUUGAAAAACAAGUUUAGAGAUAAAAUUUUAUAAGCUUUUUAUAUAAUUAAAAAACAUAUCACAAAAUAUUAGUGAAGUAAAACAAAAAAUAUAUAAAGAGAUUUGACUACAACCAGGAUCAAACCAAGUUUAAACGCAGCCUAGGCUCAGUCUCAUUAAAUGUGACAGAUUCUAAUAUCAGUGUAACAUCACACUGUAUUGAAUAUGGAUCUAGAGAGAUAAGGUUGAGUUCAAAUCAGCUUUCUCAUUGAGUUCCUCAGAAUUAGAAUUGGGAUUGGGCAGUUAACAAAGAAUGUGUCAGUUUUAUUGUUUGAUUGCUUCUCCAUUUAAAAUACCCCCAAAGCCCUCAUUUAUUGUCACAGUAAUUUAACUGCUGUGACUUCAAGUUUGAGGUGAACCAUGCCUUCAUUUACUGUGUGUACGAAAAAGCAGAAAUGGUGAGUCAUACAAGACACAUCAUCAUCACCAGUAUUUUAUACAUUUUACCACUAAAGCCUUGACCUUUUAUUUGGGGAAUUAAUGGUCAUCUCCCUACUGUGGCCUGGACAAUCCACAGUGCUGAACUGAUUUGAAAGUAACAUCAUGUGCUUAAGUUAUUUUUACCAAAUUAUUUGGGGAUGUUUUCUGGAGAAAAUAAAGUCAUCCAUUUAUUCUUUAUGAUAGGACUUUUCCAAAAACUCAUAGUGUGCAGCUGUUCACAAUGACUUUUAGUUUGGACCCCAUUCAUAUAUAGCUAUAUAAUUGUCCAUUGUUAUAUUUAUUUGUGUAUGUGUGUUUAGUGUAUUUAAUUAUUUAUUUCUAUUAACCAUUCAUGUGUAUUUCGAGCAUUCAAAAUAAAACAUGCAUUUGUUGUUUGAUAAA